CCGACAGCCAGAUGGCGGAAGUGCAUUCAGAACGUAAACAACCACAGAAAUCCAGUGUCAACUGUCAACGUUUGGGAAACGCUUGCGACACGAACAUGAACUAAGACAAGUCAACAGCCGAAUCAAUUUUACAGCAUAGGAACACUCACUUGAAGAUCUAAAAUGAGUCUCAGCUAUCCUCUGCUGCUUUGUUUGGCAGUGGCAUCUGCCUUUGAUAUGUCGCCCUCACACAACUGGACGAAAAUCAUCCUAACCCACCACUGGCCGAGCACUUUCUGUAGUAUGGAGUCUUGUCAUCAUCCUAAUGUAAGCUACUGGACACUACAUGGUUUAUGGCCUGAUAACGGGAAUAUGUGUAAUAGAUCAUGGAUUUUCAACUCAACGGAAAUAGAGGACUUGUUGCCUGACAUGGAGAAGAGUUGGCCUGAUUUACUGAAACCUGCAUCAUCUGGAUUUUGGAAGUACGAAUGGUCCAAGCACGGCACAUGUGCUGCCAGAUCUCCUACUUUAAACAGUCAACAUAAAUACUUCAGCAAGGCACUGGAACUGUACCAUAAAGUGGAUUUGGACAGUGUUCUGAGGAAAUUUGACAUCAUCCCAUCUGAAAAAUUUUAUAAAUUUUCACAAAUCGAAGGAGUUAUUGAAAGCUUCUAUGGUGUCAAACCCAAGAUACAGUGUGUCCAUCCAUCUGAGAAUGCUGGUACUCAGAUUUUGGGUCAGAUCGAGAUUUGUUUCAAUGCCGACUUCUCUCUCUUGGACUGUGAGCAUGAAUUCUUUUCCACCGUUGGCUCUGGCUUCAGUGUCUGUGAACAUGACGUUCCAGUUUACUAUCCUUUUUGAAGCACACGACAAUGUUUACAAAUGUGCACAUUUUGUACAUAGUCUUUUGUUUCCAAAUCAACUGUACUGUAAGUUUACCAAGUAGCAAUACAAAACAUUUAAUUUUUUUCUGUUAGCAAGAUACUAUUUACACUACCAAACCAUAAUUGUGUCACAACAUUUGUUUUGUUAUUUUGUUUUUAACAAAUUGACAAGUUAUCUUUUUUUCAGGAUUACACAUUUUUUUGGGAUGUACAUUUCCUACCAUUUCAUGUUUACACGAACAACAUUACAUGCAUUUUCAUGUCAUUUCUUUAACUAUUUGACCGCAGUAGGGCUAAUAUGACUUUAAAUGUGGCAAGAAUUAAAGAUCAGAUAUAGUUCACAGUAACAGAAAAUAUGUUUUGACUGUUCAAAAUUGUUGAAAGUCAACAUGCCACAGUUUUUGGGAGCCAUCUUCCAUUGAGAAAAUGCUGUGGGGAUUAGAUGUCAUAGGAAAUUGAUAGAUUUUUUUCAUUGUACUUUUUUCCCCUCAAUGUGGUAAAUGCAUAGGAUAAGGUAAUCAUAGGAUUUAUUAUCCUUGUUAAAUGGCAAUAAAACAUUUCAACUUCA